ACUUAGAGCCCGCGGGCUGGCCGGCAGGGAGUGAGGGUAAGUAGCUCCCGCAGCCUGGGCGCUGAGGCCGGCGGUCGCUCCGCUGGCGUCCCCCCCUACCGCGCACCGCCGCCUGCCUCUCCGCCCUCCCCCUGCCGCGCUCUCCCUUCCCUCUCCCGCCGCGCGGCAGCCCCCGCCGCCGCUGGGAGCGCGCGGCCCCUUUAAGAGCCCAGCUUUGCCUCCCGGUAGCUGAAGGUCAUUAAACACAAAAGCUCUCCAGCGCUGCGGUCCAAUAUAGCGCAUGCGCCCUGCCCGAGGACUGGCAGGGAGACGGCAAUAUGGCGAGAAUGCCUGGCAGCGGCGGCGACUGGAACACCGGCAGCGGCGGCGGGGAGAACAAUGCGGGGGACCGGCCGCCGGGCCGCGGCGGCACCCACCGCCCCCACCACUACUGCAGCGCGGGGGAGGACGAGGACGGGGAGGACGACGAUGAGAUCCAGGAGGUGCAGAUAACGGGGGACGAGGAGGACGGCGCCGAUGGGGGGUUCCUGCUACUGGACGAGGAGGAGGAGGAGGAGGAAAUGGGGCUGGAGUGGGACGCCGAGGAGGAGCCGCUGGAGCCCGAGCCGGUCCUUAUGAUCAGUAUGGACCGGGGCAGCAGCGGGCUGGACUCCUCUUGCGGCGGCGGCCGCCUUGGAGGCGGCUGUGGCGGCGGCAUCGGGGCAGCAGCAGCUGGGGGUGCCCCAGUCCCCGCUAGCGCCCGGGGCGCGGAGGACUCGGACCCGGAGACCGACCUGCUACUGCAGCGCCCCGAGCGGGCCCGGCUGAGCGAGAACACCCGGCUGGCCACCCGCUACGCGGUGCGCAUCUUCCGGGAGUACCUGAGCGAGAAGUCCCAGAGCCCGGACUUCGAGACCAUGGACAAGGGGGCGCUGUGCCGGGUGCUGCGCUCCUUCUACGCCGAGGCCCGCUCCAAGAGCGGCCAGCUCUACUCCAAGUCCUCGCUCAUCAGCAUCCGCAGCUCCCUCAACCGCUACCUCAACGAGCCGCCCUACUGCCGCACCCUGGACCUGACCAAGGACCCGGAGCUGCGCGCCGCCAACCUGACGCUGGCGGCGGUGAUCCGCAAGCUGGAGGAGCAGGGCGCGGGGCCGGUGGUCCAGAAACAAGCCAUCACGCGGGCGGACCUGCGCAAGCUGUACACCUGCAGCGUGUUCAGCACGCAGAGCCCCUUCGGGCUGCUCAACAAGGUCUGGUUCGAGACCUGCAUGUACUUCUGCACGCGGGGCCGCGAGAACCAGCGCGAGCUGGAGGAGGACUCCUUCGGGCUGGCCAUGGACGAGGACGGCCGCAAGUUCGUCUACUUCAAGUCCCUGGGGCCCUACCACAAGUCGCGCUCCUCCUCCUGGAGCAAGAAGCGGGCGGAGAGCAGCGACGAGGAGAACCUGCCCCGCAUGUACGAGACGGGCACCGAGUUCUGCCCCUACUCCAGCUUCGUCAAGUACCUGGCCAAGCGCAACCCGCUCUGCAAGGCCUUCUUCCAGCGGCCGCGGGACCACUGCAGCGAGGGCGAUGUCACCUGGUACGAGAACAAGGCCAUCGGCAAGAACCUGCUGGGCACCCGCAUGCAGAUGCUCUCCAAGGCGGCCAAGCUCUCCAAGACCUACACCAACCACUGCAUCGGCGCCGUCUCCAUCGCCACCCUCAACAGCAUCGCCGGCAUCGGCACCAAGCUGGGCGGGCACCACCCGCACCCCGCCGGGGCGGCAGGGGGCUGCUACACCGCCGCCCAGGCCAUCCUCAACGGCGGGCACCGGCACCGGCCCCCGCCCGCCCCAGCCAACACCUACAUCCUCCCCAAAGACAGCGACGUCCCCCACGUGAAGGCGGAAGCGGCCGCUGUGACCCCGGCCAAGCGCUCCCUCUACGAGGCGGUGUACACUGGGGCGGCCGCAGCCGGGGGGGAUGCCUGCGGCCCCUCCUCGUCCCCCAAAAGACUCUGCCUCCGCCCCGCCGAGCCGCUGGACGCUGCUGCCGCCGCUGCCUCCGUGGUGGUGGUGUCAGUGAAACACGACCCCCUGCCUCUCCUCCUCCCCGAAGCCAAUGGGCACAGAAGCACCAACUCACCCACAGUAGUUUCACCUGCUAUUGUUUCCCCCACACAGGACAGUCGGCCAAAUAUGUCAAGACCUCUGAUCACUAGAUCCCCUGCAUCUCCGUUGAACAAUCAAGGCAUCCCCACUCCAGCACAGCUCACAAAAUCCAACGCGCCAGUUCAUAUUGAUGUGGGUGGGCACAUGUACACCAGCAGCUUGGCCACGCUUACUAAAUACCCUGACUCCAGAAUUGGAAGGCUUUUUGAUGGCACGGAGCCUAUUGUUUUGGACAGUCUCAAGCAGCACUAUUUCAUUGACAGAGAUGGGCAAAUGUUCAGAUAUAUCUUGAAUUUUCUACGAACAUCAAAACUCCUAAUUCCUGAUGAUUUCAAGGACUACAGUUUGCUAUAUGAAGAGGCAAAGUAUUUUCAGCUCCAGCCCAUGCUAGGUGAAAUGGAAAGAUGGAAACAAGAUCGGGAGACUGGCCGUUUUUCAAGGUCCUGUGAGUGCUUGGUGGUGCGUGUUGCCCCCGAUCUUGGAGAGAGGAUUACGCUGAGUGGCGAUAAAUCUUUGAUAGAAGAAGUUUUUCCAGAAAUUGGCGACGUGAUGUGUAAUUCCGUCAAUGCUGGCUGGAAUCACGACUCCACCCAUGUCAUCAGGUUUCCAUUGAAUGGAUACUGUCACCUCAACUCAGUUCAGGUACUUGAGAGGUUGCAGCAAAGAGGCUUUGAGAUUGUUGGCUCAUGUGGAGGAGGGGUGGACUCUUCCCAAUUCAGUGAAUACGUACUGAGGCGAGAACUCAGAAGGACAUCUCGUGCACCCUCCGUCAUUCGAAUAAAGCAAGAGCCUCUGGACUAAAUGGACAUGUUUCUUUAUGCAAAAAAGGGACGUUACAUGUGCAGUUUGGACACCAGACAAGUCCUGGAACUAAAAUUGAAUAAAGACGCCUUUGUAUGAAAUAUAGAGACCACACCUGAAUUAAUAUGGGAGCAUUUUGAAUCGUAAUAAUAAUAACCUCAAGGUGUAAUUAUAUGUCAAAAGAUAGGAAAUGCAAACAAAGGAUGGGGGGGGGGGGAAAUGGGAAGGUAGGGUUGGUGCUGUGAUAGCCAUUAAGUGUCCUAGGCCUUCUUUAGGCCCACUUAACGGUAAACAAGCCAUUAUCAUCAGAGGGGAGACAGAGUUCUCCUAUACAUUUUCCAUUACCAGAGUCCAUCCACUUUCCCAUGUGUAUGUCUUGAUUCAAGUUUAUUUGCAUAUGGAGGUUUAUGUCGGUGUCUUUUUAGAGGUAACCAGGCAGGAGGACUUCAGGAAACAUCCAUCCAUUGCAGUGAAAGAUAGUUGACUGAGAUUUUAAACAUAGUCUGUACAGAUGUCAAACACUUUUGUCUGCCCUCACAGAUGUGAAAAGUUACUUUUUUUGUUUUAAAUGAGUUGAGUUUUUUGUUUUUGCAAUGGGACCAGAAUUAAUACGUGGUAGAGUUGCUCUAGUUUGAAUCAGCUGCUUUCCUACAAUUUUUUAAAUUGUAUAAUGAUAGGAUACAAUAAACUCUGUUUAAAAUAAUGAGGGUGUGGAUUAAACCAACAAAAGCAAAAGAAAUUUAAUUAAAAUAAUCAGUCAGUAGCUCACUCUGUUAUGCUUCCCCUAGUCCUAUUCGGGUUGCAGAAUAGCAAGUUAUCUUGCAUACAGAGAGCAAACUGCAAUUCCCAUGCUGGGUAGAGUGAGUUACAGGAAAUAGAUGCUCUCAUUGGCCUAUAUUAGAAAACCUGUCUGGUGCACCCUAUAUUGCUGGUUUACAUUCAACACUAGUUUUUUAAGCUUUGUCUGAGUUUGAAAAGAGGCUAUUGUGGUGAUGGGACCAUUUUCAAUACUGGUAAAACUUAAAAUAAUAAUAGAAGUUUGGCCCAGAGAAAUCAGUCAUGAAAAUAAUGCCAGGUAAAUGUUCUGAAACCUAUAACUAAUAAUAGUCACAUCAUUCCUUUUUAAACAUGGAGUUGGCAGCUGUAACUCUGAAUUACCUUGAUGACUGUAAGUCAGAAUGUUUGUUUUUAAUGUUGUUAAUUUCCCUCGUUUAGGGCUAAUAAGCUUCUGCCUGGAAGUGAGACCCUUUGGCUACACCAUUGACCUUAUUAUUCUUAUUACUAGGCAGUAACUUUGUACACAGUUAUCCUGCAAGUUAUUCUUAUUGUGCAACAUCUCAUUGAAAUCAAUUGUGCACGUGCCCAGUUGAUGUCAGUUAGACUUUGCAAAGUAAACAUAAUGCGUAAAUGACACUACUGCACAAUCUGUUCAUGGGUUGAUGAUUUUAUCACAUAAGAGGCACCAGCAACCACAUUAUCUUUCAUCCAAAAUAUUUCUUUAUGCAAUAUUACACUAUAUGACUGUGUAUUACUAUGGAAAUCCUAUUGAAUCAAUGGUGCAGGCAUUCCAUUCAUUUCAGUGAGAACUUGCUAUUUAUUUAAAAAAACAUUGUGAAAAGUAAAUACUCCAUGUAACAAGGUUUUUAAUAUAGUUCUGAUAACUGAAAAAAGUAAA